AUGUUGUAUACCGGUAGAUCACUACUCGCAUUACUCUUUUUCAGUCUUACAGGACACUGCGCACUUGUUGCUGCGAAAAUCACGAAAGACGAGCAGAAAGCUUUCGAUCGGCUGGUCAAGGCUGUGAUUAAAGAAGGAGGUUAUGUUCAUCCAUCCAUUGGAAUCCUGUCGCCAGCACCAUCUGGAGCCCCACGAGGCAUUGGUAUGGUCGAGAAUGUGAAACCAAAAAUCGAAUCUGGUAAAGAUAUGCUGAUGAAGGUUCCGUACUCUUAUCAGAUGACCCGAGAUCUGGCAAUGUCAACGCUCAUGGACGUGAUACCGCCAAUGGUUCUGGUGGAUGCACCAUUGUUAGAGUUGGACGAUUCAGCCUUGCUGGUGUUACUUCUGGCCCAUGAAUACGGUCUCGGCAAGAACUCAAAGUUCCAUGCCUAUACAGAAUUUCUACCAAGCUGGCAAGACGAAGGUGGCGGAUGCGGUUAUGAAAACGUUCAAGAUUUUCGUCAGUUGCCUGCAGGUAUUGAACCUGAAGAGAUUGAAAUGGCUUUACAAUAUGCCACCCACGUGUCUCUUGGAAUGUAUGGUGAUUAUGGCGAAUACUUGGCAAAUGACGCUUGGCCCAGGGAAUGGAAAGAUGAACCUGCACUCGCCUUGCGAUGGGCAAUGUGUGUCGUCAGUUCUCGGGCAACCGCUGCCAAUCGACGUGCUGGAGACAACAAUUCGGGAACUGGUGUUCGCCUUAUUCCAUUGGUGGAUCUUGCUAAUCACCGCAAAGCUUCUAGUGGCUUUGUUGAACUGUCAGGAAGCGAGAGAAUAGUUUAUGACGAUUUCAUGGAUGCCACCUCAGAUGACACAGGUAGCUUUGUGGUGCGCUCGGCAUGGAAAUGCGGAACAACUCGAGUUGAUUUGGAAAAGGGAGAUGAAAUCACAGUUAACUACAACUUGCCUGCGUAUCAAGCUGUUGACUGGUUCUUAAGUCUUGGAUUUCUGCCAGCUGAAUUGAGUUCGAACACUAUGAAAACCAACGAUGAGCUAUAG